AAAGUUUCCAGCUUUACCAAAAUAGUAGUUGAUGAUACAAAAAUAGUUAAAAGUUGCAACUUGCACGUUCCAGAACCUAGGUAACAUGUGGAUGGGUCCUAUAGAAGAUUACAUAGGAAGGGGUGUUUACACUUAUAGAGAAAGUAGAGUAACUAUUGGUGCCAUUGCAAAGAUAUAAGAAGACAAUUAGUUUUGUUUUUCACAUUUUCCUGAUGGUUGAUGAUUUCAAAAGCUGUAAGCUUCUCUGCACUGGACCCCCUUCUCAGAAACUCAGCCAGCCACAAGGUGAUCAAACGACUUUUCAAAGCCACAAACUUCUCGCCACGUGUCCAGAUCUCAGGAUUCUAUCCUUCCACAACUAAUAUAACCUUCUUAGUUCCCUGCUACCUUUAGAUACAAUCUCACUCACCAUCAAACAACUACAACAUCUGGGUUAGUAUGAUGAAAGUAGAGAGUAACUGGGGACAAGCCUGUGAUACAUGCCGAUCAGCCGCCUGUACCGUGUACUGCCGGGCUGAUUCUGCCUACCUGUGCACCAGCUGUGAUGCUCAAGUUCAUGCUGCCAAUCGUCUUGCUUCUCGCCAUGAACGUGUUCGAGUCUGUCAAUCAUGUGAGCGAGCCCCGGCUGCCUUUUUCUGCAAGGCAGAUGCUGCAUCUCUAUGCACAACCUGUGAUUCAGAGAUUCAUUCAGCAAACCCACUUGCUAGACGCCAUCAACGAGUUCCAAUUCUGCCCAUUUCUGAAAACUCUUACAGUUCCACGGCCACUAACCAUUCAUGUGAGACAACAGUGACAGAUCCAGAGAACAGACUGGUGCUUGGUCAAGGAGAAGAGGAUGAAGAUGAAGCAGAGGCGGCUUCGUGGUUGUUGCCUAAUUCAGGGAAAAACAAUGGUAACAACAAUGGGUUCUCUAUUGGUGACGAGUUUCUGGACCUUGUUGAUUACAGUUCGAGUGAUAAGCAAUUCACGGAUCAAUCCAAUCAGUAUCAACUAGACUGCAACGUACCUCAGAGGAGCUAUGAGGAUGGAGUCGUACCACUUCAAGUUGAAGUAUCAAAGGGUCACAUGAACCACGAGCAACAGAACUUUCAGUUGAGUAUCACCUGUGGCUCCCCAAGAGCUCAUCGAAGCUCCAAUGGUUCCCUAAGUCAUAUGGUACAUGUUUCAUCUAUUGACCUGGGAGUUGUGCCAGAGUCAACAAACCCAAGAUCGCCCAAAGCGGUAACAGACCAACUACCUGACCCUCCAGCUCAGAUGCUCAGUCCAAGAGACAGAGAGGCUAGAGUCCUGAGAUACAGAGAGAAGAAGAAGAUGAGAAAAUUUGAGAAGACGAUAAGAUAUGCUUCAAGGAAAGCGUAUGCAGAGAAAAGACCACGGAUCAAGGGGCGGUUUGCAAAGAGGAACGAAGUUGAUGCAGAGGCAAACGAAGCUUUCUCCACAAUCAUAACGUUUGACACCGGAUAUGGAAUUGUUCCAUCAUUCUGAUGCUGCUAUGGCAAGACUAGACUGCAUGCUUGUAAAUUACUUCUGGUUUGAAAUUCCUGCAAGUUGUUACCACGGUUAUGCAUAUAGGCCUGUAGUUUUGUCUAACUAGUACGAGUUAAUUAGAUAUAUAUUCAUAUUUAGCUACUAAGUUAAAACAAAAUUUUCCCAC